AGCUUCCCAGGCUCAACAACCCCUCAUGGUCUCCCAGCCCAGCUCAGCAGAAGGCACUGAAGGCGGUUCCGUCACCUUGCACUGUUCGUACAACUCCACCUCAGAGCCCAAGGUUGGGAGCUUCCGGUGGGUGAAGGAGCCAGGGGUGGAGGUCAGAAAGACCACCCGGGAAUUCAUGGGAAGGGUGAGUCCGACCUCGGAGCAGGGCUUCCUCUUGGAGAGAAGAGCCGACAUAGAGAUACGGGAUCUGAGACAUUACGACUCAGGGGUGUACCGAUGCAUGGUGAAGAUCCCUGGAUUCCAGGAGACGUCAGGGAACGGGACUGAGCUUCGCGUGCUUAAAGAAGACCUGAAAGGAUCUAAUUCUGCACCACAAGGGGAUACCAUGGUCCUCAUAUGGCUUCUCCUGCGUGCCGUCCUCUGUGCCUUUGGAAUUACAACCACUGCUUUGGUGACACGUCUUUAUUAUGGGAAUAAAUGUGAGUAA